GCAGCGAGCGGGCGCCCGGGAGCCGAGCGCGCCCCGAGGGAUCAGGGGAGACCCUCCCCUGCGAGUCCCGUUCCCCGGGACCCCAGCUGCUCUCCUCGGCACGCUCCCGGCUUCCGCUCGCCCUGCCCUCGGGGUUGGCCGCUUCUUGGCCUGCCUUUUGCUCUGCACCCUGUGUGACUUUCUCCCUCUGGAGGCCCCUCUGAGUCUCUCCCUGUCGCUGUCUGCACCUCUGUCCCCAUUUCUCUUCUCUGGGUUCUCUGUCUCCAGCUGCCUGUCACUGCUUUGUGUCUCUGUGGCUGCCACUCCUUUUUUCUGUCUCCUGCCAUCUCUGUGUGGGAUUCCUCGUGGCUCUGCCCAGCCCCUUCCCCUCCCCUCUGAAGCCUGGUCUCCAUGUCCCAUAGGGCAUGUCAGACCCUUCUCCUGCCCUGAGACAUCUGGAGGAGAGCCAGGACUGGGCACAAGGCAGGGCCAGGACAAUGGCAGUGCCCAGUCUGUGGCCGUGGGUGGCAUGCCUGCUUGUGAUCCUCCUCUCCUUGGGAUUUGGCCUGGAUGCACUGGAGGUGUGCCCCAGCCUGGACAUCCGCUCAGAGGUGGCAGAGCUGCGGCGGCUGGAGAACUGCAGUGUGGUAGAGGGCCACCUGCAGAUCCUGCUCCUGUUCACAGCCACAGGCGAGGACUUCCGUGGCCUCAGCUUCCCGCGCCUCACCCAGAUCACCGACUACCUGCUCCUCUUCCGUGUCUAUGGCCUGGAGAGCCUGCGUGACCUCUUCCCCAACCUAGCAGUCAUCCGCGGUGCCCGCCUCUUCCUGGGCUACGCGCUGGUCAUCUUCGAGAUGCCUCACCUGCGUGACGUGGGGCUGCCGGCGCUGGGGGCCGUGCUGCGUGGGGCUGUGCGUGUGGAGAAGAACCAGGAGCUCUGCCACCUCUCCACCAUUGACUGGGGCCUGCUGCAGCCUUCACCUGGCGCCAACCACAUCGUGGGCAACAAGCUGGGUGAGGAGUGUGCCGACGUAUGCCCCGGCGUGCUGGGUGCCUCUGGCGAACCCUGUGCCAGGACCACCUUCAGCGGGCACACCGACUACAGGUGCUGGACCUCCAGCCACUGCCAGAGAGUGUGCCCCUGUCCCCGUGGACUGGCCUGCACAGCUCGGGGUGAGUGCUGCCACAUCGAAUGCCUGGGGGGCUGCAGCCGGCCGGAAGACCCUCGUGCCUGCGUCGCCUGCCGCCAUCUCUACUUCCAGGGCGCCUGCCACCGGACCUGCCCUCCAGGCACCUACCAGCAUGAAUCCUGGCGCUGCGUCACGGCCCAGCGCUGUGCCAGCCUGCGCUCUGUGCCCGGCCGUGCCUCCACCUUUGGCAUCCACCAGGGCAGCUGCCUGGCCCAGUGCCCCCCAGGCUUCACCAGUAAUGGCAGCAGCAUAUUCUGCCACAAGUGCGAGGGGCUGUGCCCCAAAGAGUGCAAGGUGGGCACCAAGACCAUCGACUCUGUCCAGGCGGCACAGGAUCUGGUGGGCUGCACCCACGUGGAGGGGAGCCUCAUCCUCAAUCUUCGCCAGGGCUACAACCUGGAACAGGAGCUGCAGCGCAGCCUGGGCCUGGUGGAGACCAUCACCGGCUUCCUCAAAAUCAAGCACUCCUUUGCCCUCGUGUCCCUGGGCUUUUUCAAGAACCUGAAACUAAUCCGGGGGGAUGCCAUGGUGGAUGGGAACUACACUCUGUAUGUGCUGGACAACCAGAACCUGCAGCAGCUGGGCUCCUGGGUGGCUGCUGGGCUCACCAUUCCCGUGGGCAAGAUCUACUUCGCCUUCAACCCACGCCUCUGCUUGGAGCACAUCUACCGCUUGGAGGAGGUGACCGGCACGCGAGGACGGCAAAACAAGGCCGAGAUCAACCCCCGCACCAACGGAGACCGCGCCGCCUGCCAGACUCGUACCCUGCGCUUCGUGUCCAACGUGACGAAGGCCGACCGCAUCUUGCUGCGCUGGGAGCGCUACGAGCCGCUGGAGGCUCGCGACCUACUAAGCUUCAUAGUGUACUACAAGGAGUCUCCAUUCCAGAAUGCCACGGAGCACGUAGGUCCAGAUGCCUGUGGGACCCAGAGCUGGAAUCUGCUGGAUGUGGAGCUGCCCCUAAGCCGUACCCAGGAGCCAGGGGUGACCCUCGCCCCUCUUAAGCCCUGGACGCAGUAUGCAGUGUUUGUGCGGGCCAUCACGCUGACCACUGCUGAGGAUAGCCCCCACCAAGGAGCCCAGAGCCCCAUUGUCUACCUGCGAACCCUGCCUGCGGCGCCCACGGUGCCCCAGGACGUCAUCUCCACGUCCAACUCCUCCUCCCACCUGCUGGUGCGCUGGAAGCCACCGACCCAGCGCAACGGGAACAUCACCUACUACCUGGUGCUGUGGCAGCGUCUGGCAGAGGACGGCGACCUCUACCUCAAUGACUACUGCCACCGUGGCUUGCGGCUGCCCACCAGCAACAACGAUCCCCGCUUCGACCGCGAAGAUGGGGAACUCGAGGCCGAGAUGGAGCCCGGCUGCUGCCCUUGCCAGCACCCACCUCCUGGGCAGGUCCUGCCACCGCUGGAAGCGCAAGAGGCCUCGUUCCAGAAGAAGUUUGAAAACUUUCUACACAACGCUAUCACCAUCCCCAAAUCCCCUUGGAAGGUGACGUCCAUCAACGAGAGCCCUCAAAUGGACUCAGGGCGGCACCGCCGGGCCGUGGGGGCCCUCAGGCUUGGGGGGAACAGCUCAGAUUUUGAGAUCCAGGAGGACAAAGUACCCCGGGAGCGAGCGGUGCUGAGUGGCCUGCGCCACUUCACGGAAUACAGGAUCGACAUCCACGCCUGUAACCACGCGGCGCACACCGUGGGCUGCAGCGCGGCCACCUUCGUCUUCGCGCGCACCAUGCCCCACAGAGAGGCGGAUGGAAUCCCAGGGAAGGUGGUCUGGGAGGUGGCCAGCAAAAGCAGUGUCCUCCUGCGCUGGCUGGAGCCACCGGACCCCAACGGACUCAUCCUCAAGUAUGAAAUCAAGUACCGCCGCUUAGGGGAGGAGGCCACAGUACUGUGCGUGUCCCGCCUGCGAUAUGCCAAGUUUGGGGGGGUCCAGCUGGCCCUGCUGCCCCCCGGAAACUAUUCUGCCAGAGUUCGGGCAACUUCACUGGCUGGCAAUGGGUCCUGGACAGAGAGUGUUGCUUUCUACAUCCUUGGCCCAGAGGAGGAAGACUCCGGGAGUCUGCACGUCCUUCUCACUCUCACCCCUGUGGGGCUCAUGCUGCUCAUCAUUCUUGCUGCCCUUGGUUUCUUCUAUGGGAAGAAGAGAAACAGCACCCUGUACACCUCUGUGAAUCCGGAGUAUUUCAGUGCCUCUGAUAUGUACAUCCCUGACGAGUGGGAGGUACCUCGGAAGCAGAUCUCCAUAAUCCGAGAACUGGGCCAGGGCUCUUUCGGGAUGGUAUAUGAGGGGCUGGCACAAGGACUUGAGGCUGGAGAGGAGUCCACGCCCGUGGCCCUGAAGACAGUGAAUGAGCUGGCCAGCCCACGGGAACGCAUUGAGUUCCUCAAGGAAGCCUCUGUCAUGAAGGCAUUCAAGUGUCACCAUGUGGUGCGUCUCCUGGGUGUGGUAUCUCAGGGCCAGCCAACUCUGGUCAUCAUGGAGUUAAUGACCCGUGGGGACCUCAAGAGCCAUCUUCGAUCUUUGCGGCCCGAGGCAGAGAACAACCCUGGGCUCCCACGGCCGGCACUGGGAGAUAUGAUCCAGAUGGCUGGUGAGAUUGCAGAUGGCAUGGCCUACCUUGCUGCCAACAAGUUUGUGCACCGAGAUCUGGCAGCCCGAAACUGCAUGGUGUCCCAGGACUUCACCGUCAAGAUUGGGGACUUCGGGAUGACUCGAGACGUGUAUGAGACAGACUAUUACCGCAAGGGUGGGAAGGGGCUGCUGCCUGUGCGCUGGAUGGCCCCCGAGUCCCUCAAAGAUGGAAUCUUCACUACCCACUCGGAUGUCUGGUCCUUCGGCGUGGUGCUCUGGGAGAUCGUGACCCUGGCUGAACAGCCCUACCAGGGCUUAUCCAACGAGCAGGUGCUCAAGUUUGUCAUGGAUGGCGGGGUCCUGGAGGAGCUGGAGAGCUGCCCGCUUCAGCUGCAGGAGCUGAUGAGCCGCUGCUGGCAACAGAACCCGCGCCUGCGCCCAACCUUCACCCACAUCCUGGACAGCAUACAGGGGGAGCUGCGGCCCUCCUUCCGCCUCCUCUCCUUCUAUUACAGCCCCGAGUGCCGCGGGGGCCAGGCUUCCCUGCUGCCCACCGAUGUAGAGCCCGACUCCCUGCCAACCCCAAAAGGGGCUUCCUCAAACUGCAGCCCCCAAAAUGGGGGUCCAGGGCACUGAGGGGACCCCCUUCCCUGGCUGAUGGGUCUCCCAUGGGCAGAGAGUAAGGGACCUGAACUUCGGGGCCUUGAGAUGUGCAGACAUUCACACCCCUACCCCACUCUCAGACAGGGUAGGGGGUGGCCGAGGGUGAGGCAGAAAGUAGGAGCAGGAAAGACUGAGGGGGUCAGGGCAGACUCACGCAGGGAAGAUUUUCUCAAGAGUCUGAGUUCUCCAUGAGAAAGUAAGCAAGGUCACAGCAGAAGGAGUAGAGAGCAGACCACGGACGAGAUGUCCUGGCCCUCGGAGUGAGAGACCCUACUCAGGCUAGGAAGACAGGCCUGCCCGCCCCGGAGGCAGAGUCCAGGGAAUGCCACCCUCAGCUUGGGUCUCCUGUGGACAUCUGAGGCCAUCAACACACUUGAAACCAGAUGAGCAACCAGAAUCAGCCUGGAAACCUCUCUGCCCCUGUUUGGGGUGCUGGGGAUGGGGUGUCCCCAUGACUGCCUUUCUUACCACUGUGUUUCACCUCCUCCCCUCGGCCCCAUGCACCAGGUGGUGGGGAGAAGCAGGGACCUAGGUGAGCGGGUCCCCAGCCUGGCCCUGUAGGCCUACCCUCACCUCUUCCUCUCCUUUGCCACACCCAGGGCCCCCAGCCUGGUGCUCCUCAUUCCUCUUCUCCAGGGGCAUCCCUUGGAGUGAUUCACCCCAUCUCCCAGUCUCUUCCCCUCAACCUCCCUCGUACCCUUGGAUUAUUAAGGCUCUAAGAGCCUUGCUUCCUCCCUGCCCUCACUCCUGCCCCCCACCCCCUGCCUCUCAUGGGAAGACUGGAGAAGGCACAAUAAAUGCCGAGUCUGUUUGUACCCUG